ACGGUGGGCGACGGUUGGGGUUUGGGCGGCGCGCGGGCCUGUUGCCAUGGAGCCGCUGGUGAGCGAGCUGUUCGGGGGCGGCCCGGGCCCCGCGGCAGGGGCAGGGGCGGCGGGCGGGACCCCGGGGACGGGCCCGGCCCGCGGCUCCGGCCGCUCCUCGGCUCCCGGCCGGGCUGCAGCGGGACGCGGCCCCGGCCCGGCGCGGGGGGCCUCCGGCCGCGGGCCCUCCUCGGCCCCCGUCCCGGGCUCCGGCCCGGCCGGCGCCGCCACCGUCUCCGGUCCGCCGCCGAGGAGCAAGGGCAGCGCGGCGCCCAAAGCCGGACACAAGAAGCCGAAGGGACGGCCCCGGGGCCGCAACAACCCGCCCUUCCUCCCGCCCGAGGCAGAAGAAGGAAACAUUGAGUACAAGCUGAAGUUGGUCAACCCUUCGCAGUACCGCUUCGAGCACCUGGUCACGCAGAUGAAGUGGCGCCUUCAGGAGGGCCGCGGUGAGGCCGUGUACCAGAUCGGGGUGGAGGACAAUGGUCUGCUGGUGGGGUUGUCUGAGGAUGAGCUAAAGGCUUCGCUCAAGACCCUGCGCAGGAUGGCAGAGAAGGUCGGAGCUGACAUCACGAUCCUACGGGAAUGCAACGUGGCGUAUGAUGUGGACUCGCCCAGACGGAUAGCUGAAGUCCUGAUUCGGAAAGUUCCUGAUGACCAGCAGUUCCUUGACCUGCGAGUGGCAGUUCUGGGGAACGCGGACUCUGGGAAGUCGACACUGCUGGGGGUCCUGACACAAGGCGAGUUGGACAACGGGCGUGGCAGGGCACGGCUCAACCUCUUCAGGCACCUGCACGAAAUCCAGUCGGGGCGAACAUCCAGCAUCAGCUUCGAGAUCCUGGGAUUCAACAGCAAGGGAGAGGUGGUAAAUUACAGCGGCUCACGGACUGCAGAGAUCAUCUGUGAAAGUGCCUCCAAAAUGAUCACCUUCAUCGACCUGGCAGGGCACCACAAAUACCUGAAGACCACCAUCUUUGGCCUCACCAGCUACUGCCCGGACUUUGCCAUGCUUGUCGUCAGUGCCAACACUGGCAUAGCUGGCACCACCCGGGAGCACCUGGGCUUGGCCAUGGCCCUCAAGGUUCCCUUCUUCAUUGUGAUCAGUAAAGUGGACCUGUGUACCAAGAGCACCAUCGACCGCACCGUCAGGCAGCUGGAGGCCGUCCUGAAGCAGCCGGGGUGUAACAAGGUGCCGCUGCUGGUGUCGAACAGCGAUGACGCAGUAACGGCCGCCCAGCAGUUUGCCCAGUCGCCCAGCAUCACUCCAAUCUUCACACUGUCCAGUGUGAAUGGGGUAAACUUGGACCUGCUGAAGGUUUUCCUCAAUGUGCUGCCUCCACUGACCAACAGUAAGGAGCAGGAGGAGCUCAUGCAGCAGCUGACUGAGUUUCAGGUGGAUGAGAUCUAUUCUGUCCCUGACGUGGGGACAGUUGUCGGUGGGACUCUGUACAGCGGCAUCUGCAGAGAGGGCGAGCAGUUGGUGGUGGGUCCCACGGACAGCGGGCAAUUCCUCCCACUGAAGGUGUGCAGCAUCCAGCGAAACCGGUCAGCCUGCCGCGUGCUGAGGGCAGGGCAGGCAGCCACUCUGGCCUUGGGCAACUUCGACAGGGCCCUGCUGCGUAAGGGCAUGGUGAUGGUGAGCCUGGAGAUGCAGCCGACCGUCAGCUCCCUCUUCGAAUCCGAGAUUGUGCUACUGUUCCACGCAAAGACCUUCCGCAGGGGCUUCCAGGUGACAGUGCACGUGGGCAACGUACGGCAGACCGCCAUCGUGGAGCUGAUCCACGGCAAGGAGGAGCUGAGGACGGGGGAGAAGGCAGUUGUGCGGUUCCGAUUUAUCAAACACCCGGAGUAUCUGAAGGUGGGCGCCAAGCUGCUGUUCCGUGAAGGAGUGACGAAGGGCAUUGGCCAUGUUACCAAGGUCAUACCUGAGCAGAAGUGCUGAAAGAUCCUGGGAUCAUCGUGCCCUGCUGUUCUGUAGAACCCAGCACCCAUUAAGUGGCCAAACCUGAACACUGUGACCAUGUGUCCUUGUCGGAUGAGUCUGCUCCUCCUGAUUCACUGAGUGGUUUUAAAUCCGAGUGCAGGUCAUCACGGUGUUUGUGAAGGCCUGAUUGUUAGCUUUGUUGCCCCAGGUGUGUGAGGGGAUGGUGUGGAGGGAGCUUCAGUGUCUCUAACCUUAUUAAUUUUAUUUCAAAAUAUUUUAUUCAUGAAAAUUCUAAAAUAUAUAAAUACAGUGUACGCCAGUCAACAGUUUUAAAAUAAUGUACUUCUGAUGACAGCAUUGGUACAUCAGUUUUUGUGCUCUCCAUGCCUAGGAGGCAGUUUUAGUUGGGCUGGGGUAUGCCUGGAGGACGUGCUUGGAUGUAUGAUAUAGGUCAUGGUAUGUAUAUUGUUUCUGUAUAUAGGGGUGUACAGCGAUGUUUGCUUUGAAUUAAAGCUUUUUUUUGUGAUGGAAUGUUGGUGCGUUCA